AUGAUUGAGUGUAGUCUGGCUCAGGAGUGUGAAGUGUUCCGUCGUCCGGUGUUCCGUCGUCCGGUGUUCCUUCGUCCGGUGUUCCUUCGUCCGGUGUUCCGUCGUCCAGUGUUCCGUCGUCCGGUGUUCCGUCGUCCGGUGUUCCGUCGUCCAGUGUUCCGUCGUCCAGUGUUCCUUCGUCCGUCCAGUGUUCAUCUUCCAGUGUUCUUCGUCCCAGUGUUCCGUUCCUGCUCAGUGUUCCGCUGCUCAGUGUUCCGUUCAGUGUUCCGUCGUCCAGUGUUCCAUCUUCCAGUGUUCCUUCGUCCGGUGUUCCGUCGUCCGGUGUUCCGUCGUUCAGUGUUCCGUCGUUCAGUGUUCCGUCGUCCAGUGUUCCGCCGCGUUCAGUGUCCGCCGGCCGUCCGGUGUUCCGCCAGUGUUCCGUCGUUCAGUGUUCCGUCGUUCGGUGUUCCGUCGUCCGGUGUUCCGUCCUUCGGUGUUCCGUCGUCCAGUGUUCCGUCGUCCAGUGUUCCGUCGUUCAGUGUUCCGGUGUUCCGUCGUUCAGUGUUCCGUCGUCCAGUGUUCCGUCGUUCAGUGUUCCGUCGUCCAGUGUUCCGUCGUUCAGUGUUCCGUCGUUCAGUGUUCCGUCGUCCAGUGUUCCGUCGUCCAGUGUUCCGUCGUCCAGUGUUCCUGUUCCGUCGUCCAGUGUUCCUGUUCCGUCGUCCAUACCAUGUCAACCCUUCUCCUUCACCUCCACACAUGACAUUGGACUUCAGGAAAAAGCAGAGGGAGCACGUCCCUAUCCACAUCGACGAGACCGCAGUGGAGAAGGUGGAAAGCUUCAAGUUCCUCGGCGUAUACAUCACUGACGAUCUGAAAUUGUCCUCCCACACAGUGUGGUGA